AUGGCCGACUCAGAGCCCAGUGGCUACAUUGCCGACUGUGUCAGGGAGAUGGAGUCGCUUGGAUUGGACGAAUACGGCUUCAACCUGACGCGCACAUACUACGAAGACGAGGCGCUGUGGCAGUCCUUUCGCUGCGACUUUGACGCCGCGAUGGAAAAGGGCACGCAAGCAGAAUACGCCGACGCGAUGGAGCCGCUUGACAUUGUUACACGCUUCCACGACGAUGUGGACUUUGCCGGGCUGGGACCAGAAGGCGUCUCGAAUGCGUUUCAAAUUUUCUGCCUCGACGAGGACUCGGAGGAUGAAGAGGAUGAAGAGGAUGAAGACGAGGCAGAAGGCGAUGGACCGUGGUCGCACGAGAUGGGACCGGGCGUCAUCCGAAGCAUGUGUCUUAUGGCGGAUGAGGCGAGCAUGCGCUCUUUUAAAUCGACGCCGUACGUGAUUGCCGUCGAUGCGCUGCUGCACACUGGCGCGGAUCUCGGCUACCCGGGCUACUUUAAAGUCGCGAUUGACUGCCUGAUGCCCAAGUUUUACGCCGCCAUUGGUCACUUUGACUUGGAAAAGGUGGCAGCUGCGGUGGACGAGGACGGGAUCUGGAGGGGAAUGAAGUGA